AUGAAUGCAAUUGAUUUAUUGUUAGGUGCAGGGGUCGAUGAUGUUCGCUUUAUAGGGAUAUGGGGUAUGGGUGGGAUUGGUAAAACAACUAUUGCCAGAGUUGUUCGCGAGAGAAUCUCUCUUGAAUUUGAAUUCAGCAUAUUUCUUGAGAAUGUUAGGGAUAAUGUUCAAAAAGGUGGUCUAAUAUCCCAACAAAGAGAAAUUCUUUCAAGGAUAUCGAUGAAAACGAUUGACAUAUUUGAUGUUCAUGAAGGAUCCACAAUGAUUAGAAGAUUACUUCGUCACAAAAAGGUUCUUCUCAUUCUCGAUGAUGUGAACGACUCAGACCAUUUAGAUUAUUUGGCUGGAAAGCAAGAGUGGUUUGGUUCUGGGAGUCGAGUUCUUAUUGCAACUAGAAAUGAGCAUUUGUUAAUUGAACAUGGAGUGAAGAGAAGAUUUCAGGUCAAACAUCAAAAUCAUGAUGACGCUCUUAAGCUUUUUAGUUGGAAAGCCUUUGGAAAAGACCACCUUGAAAAAAACUACAUUCAUUUGUCUAGCUAUGUUGUGAGUUAUGCCGAUGGUCUUCCACUAGCUCUUAAAGUUUUAGGGAGUUUUUUGCAUGGAAGACAUGUAAGUGCUUGGAACAGUGCGUUGGGUAAACUAAGUGAUCUUUGUAACAUAGUUUUGGGGACACUUCAAAUAAGUUACGAUGAUCUAGAUGACAGGGAGAAGAAAAUUUUCCUAGACAUUGCGUGUUUCUUUAACGGGGAGAAAGAAGAUCGAGUUAUAGAAAUCCUAGACAGUUGUGGCUUUUGUGCAGGUAUUGGAAUAGAUGUCCUCCUCAUUGAGAAAUCUCUGUUAAUUACUUCAUAUGGCACUUUAUGGAUGCAUCAGUUGCUCCAAGAGAUGGGUCGUGAAAUAGUCAAUCGAGAAUGUCUUGAUAAGCCAGGAAAUCGCAGCAAGUUGUGGCGCCAUGAAGAGGCCAAGCAUAUCUUGAGCAAAAAUACAGGAACAGACGCAAUAGAAAGUAUUACCAUGGACAAAACUGGGCCAACGGUGCACGCGGAUGCUAAAUGCUUUUCAAGGAUGAAGAAACUGAGACUUCUCAAUCUUGCUAAUGCGAACCUCUCUAAUGAUAUUGAAUAUCUCUCCGAUAAUUUACGAAGUCUUGAAUGGGUUGGGUAUCCUUCAAAAUAUUUCCCCUCACAUUUCAAUCCAGAGAACCUACUAGAACUUAACAUGUGCCAUAGUCACAUUGAAUCUUUUUGGACAGCUCAGCCACUCUUUGAAUCUUGUCAACACCCCGACUUUAGAGUCAUUCCAAAUCUCGAGUAUCUAAUUCUACAAGGUUGUAUACGAUUGGAUAAGGUUGACCCAUCCCUUGGAAUGCUUGAAAGAAUUACUCAGAUAAACUUGAAGGAUUGUAAAAGUCUUGUGCAUCUUCCAAGAUGUGUGUAUGGCUUAAAAUCUGUCAAAGUUCUUAAUCUUUCUGGCUGCUCAAAGCUCGACAAGUUGCGUAAUGAGUUGGGCAAUGCAGAGUGUUUGGAGGAGCUUGAUGUGAGUGGAACUGUCAUAAGAGACCUGCCUUCCUCCAUUGUUCGGUUGAAAAGCCUCACAGUAUUAAACUUUUGUGGAUGUAAAGGACCAUCACCUAAAUUUUGGGUUUCGCUCUCCCUUGUUCAGCUAGUUCUCUCCCUUUUUCAGCGAUUUCUAAUAAGAAAUCGCGUUCCCACGCCUUUGUUGCUGCCUUCUCUAUCCGGUUUGGUUUCCUUAAAAAAACUAACUGUAAGUGAUUGCAAUCUCUUGGAAGUCCCUAAUGACCUUAGCUGCUUGUCCUCAUUAAUCUACCUAGAUCUCAGUAGAAACCAGUUUGUUAGUCUACCCAACGUCAUCCCUAUGCUUUCUAGACUUCAAUUUCUUAACUUGGAGUAUUGCGAGAGGCUUCAAGAAUUGCCAGAGAUUCCACAAAGAGUAGUAGCAGUUGUUCAAAACUGUAUUUCAUUACAAAGAUUUGCCAGAGGUUCCACAGGAAACUGCAAGUUGCUGUUACGGAUACAAUGUAUCAACUGCUUCAAAUUUGCGGACAUGCACGAAUUCAGGAGUUUGGUAUUUGAGUGUACAAAUUCCCCCACGAGAAUAUUCGAUUGGAAAGAUUCCCCUUUCUUCUUUGCCGCCUCCUUCUCCCUGCAAAAUAGAACCAAUAAGAGGACCACACCCGGGGGGUGUUGGCCAAAGGCCCUCCGAUGCCUAAAUUAG